CACGUCGACCUGCUGCUCCUCCGUCUUUCCUGCGCACACAGUCUUCUGCCUCUUCGCAUACCGCGCAUGCUGCAUCCAGUGCCGCUGCCGCCCCCCUCAGCCCACCCUCCCCGCCGCCCGUCUGCGCUCCAUCCGACCAUGCAUCCGCUUUCGGUGCGAUGACUUCUCGUCCUGGCCCAGGGAUCCAAGAAUCUCUGCAGCAUCGCGGCGGCGGACCUGCUUAUCGGCCGGUGCGGCGCGUACCCCGUCCCCAGCAUGGCCCGCCACGCUCGAGCCGGGAGAGCGAGCGAAGGGCGGCGGAAGAGCGAGUGACGAGGCCCAAAGGCAAGCGCAGACCGGUGCAGCUCGAGGGCAUACAGACGGCGACGGACGGUGGCGUGCGGCCGCCUCCGAAAGGGAAGCCCCAGCUGUUCUUCAGCAACGUGGCCGGCAACGCCGGCGAGCUGUCGCCCCAUGGCCCGCCAGCCCAAAAUCUGCCCGUACCACCGCGGCCUGGCUCUUCCUUGCGCGGGGGCGUCUCGCACCAGCGCCGUAGUCUUCCUGGCGGAACGGGCGUCAAGAUCGGAGGCGCCCCCAAAGCCCGGGGCCCAGAGGCGCCAGCGCCGGCUGCUGUACUUCCGGGAGGCAAAACGGCGGACCUGUUCCCAUGGACGGGCAGACAUCCCGAGGAUGCGCUGUCCGAGGCCCUGGUCAAGGCCGGCACAAGCAACAAGUCUCAGAUCAUGAACGAGACGAAUACGGCCCGUCCGUCGCUGUGGUCGAAUCUGAGGAAUAAGUCCGGCAUCUCAGCUCUCUCCACACUGUUCGUCGCCGUCCUCGAGAAGAGACAGUCCUGCGGCCGUCUCACCACACCCAACACGUUCAAGCCGCCUCCACGGCUGACAUUGAGGGACUCCACACGGGAAUCAUGGCUUCACGACCUGGCGAACCCGGCCGUCGGACUUCGAAGGCUGAGUCGUACUAUUCCUCACGGCAUCACGGGCAAGGUGCUUCUGGAUCAGUGCCUCAACAAGAACAUCCCUAUUCCAAGAGCGACGUGGCUGGCCAAGUGCGUCGGGAUCAACGAGAUGCGCGCCCACAAACGCAAGGGCCAAGCCGGCACCAUCACGUGGGUGCGAGGCUGGACAAAUUCAGUGGAACAGUUUCUGGACGGCGUAAUUGCAAAUAUUGGACAACAGGAGUGGAAGUCCCGCAUUACAUACGCGCUUCAGCUUACGACCCACCUGUUCAAAGAACAUCUCCUAGAAGACGAUCAUUUCCUCGACUGGGUGCUCAAGAGCAUUGAAUCAUGCCCGUCCGAGCGCUUGUUCAUCUGGCUCCUCAUCGUCUCUAUCCCGAGCUAUUGGCUAGAGCUGACGUCUUCCCGCCGCCGAGGCAAGAUCCUGGCCGAAUCCCUGCUCAACCACGCUGAAAAGCUGUAUGACCAUGACGACGAAGGUCAUGUCUCACCCGUCCUUGAGUUUAUAGAGGACACUGUAGUCAAGCUAGUCGUGACCAGACCGGCGUGUUUUCUGCUCCCCAGGACUUGGAAGCGACACGGAGCAAUCCUUCGUGCCCUCGCCCAAAGGCGGUCUUCGAUCGACACGAUUCACACAAUAGCCGAGCUCGACGCGAGGAAUAUGCGAAUACUGCCUUCGUCUGGCUCACGUCCUUCACAAGCACAGAACUCCAUCGGCCGGAUAUACCGCCUCCUAGACCACGUGGAUUACAGCGUGCGCGUGCCCAUCGACGAAUUAGCUUUCGAUUGCAUGGAGAUCAUGCCUGAUGCCAACAGUCUCAUGACGGCUGCCCUUCAGUGGGCGUGCUCUUUGUAUCGACAAGGUUCUCAUCGGAUAUACCUAGUCACCCGUCUGCUUCGGAAGUGGAGUCGUCUCGGUGCGGAUGUUUAUGAUGGCAUACUUGCGUUCCUUCACACGAUGGCAUCGGGCAGAAGCGAGGAACCACGUGUGGUCUUUCGAGUCGUUGCGGAAUUAAUUCGCUCAAAGACAUUUCCCGCCGGCAGAUACCUCCAAUGGCUCAUUGCUACGGGAUCCUUGAGCCAUCAUCCGGACCUUUGUGCGCGCUCCGCCUGGCCACUACGCUUGAUGACUGAAAUGCCUCUCAGUGGACUGUCGGAUAAUGUUCAGAACCUAAGAUAUACGCUCCUACGAGGGACAACCUAUUCCGCAGAAGCUGAAGAGCAGGCUCUAGAUUUGGCUGAAGAUGCAGUCCGGCGCCGCCUCCCCAGUUUAUUUAAUACGGCAGAUGCGAUCGAUAGCACAGCUCCCGUAGAUCUUGGCGCUCUUAGCCCAACGGUACGGCUUGAGCUGGGCACAUGGUUACGCCAACAAAUUGCUGCACAUACGGAUUACGUUGAACGAGUUCCAACGAAAGAUCCUGCCGUUGAGGUGACCGGAACUGUGUGCAGGAUAUCCUUACAGGACUUUCAAGUCGUCAGAUCUUACCUGGAGCUUUUCGAUGACCUUUCUAUUCUCGCAGACGUUAUUGGCAUCGUUGCUACGUCUUUAGACUCUAACGUCCUGGGCGCCGCCGCGGAUACCCUACACCAUAACCACAAAGCUUUCAGGGCUAUCGGCGCCUUCGAGCCUCUUUUCGAGAAAAUUGCGAUGAGGUAUGCGGCUAUCCGAACAGUGCGCUUCCCCGAACGGGAUCUGCUUCUCAGCCUCAGCGAUUUAGCUCGUACAGCCAGGGCCGAUACCCAGCUUACGCAGCUAUUGAGCUAUGAUCUCAGUCGCUACGAUCAAAAGAACUCUAUUGCCGCUUGCUCUCCCGCCUCUGAUAAUAUGAAUGAGGCUCUCGCACCAUUGGAUGUUGAAGACGAGAUUGAGCGGAUCCUCUCUAGCGGCACUAGUAUGGACCAGCAGAUGAUGAGCCGGGUUUUCCGGAAAAUAGCGCACAGCCUGGAAGAACAGCUUUGCAAAGGGGGCAACCACUUUGAAAGCUUCCCGAGUUGGUUCUAUCGCUUGCGCAAUUUUGAAGAAAGCACGUUUGACAUGAUUCUAGCCUCAUGGCUAGGAUCAUUGUUAAUGAGCCAUCAACAGCUGUUGCUGCGUGCGGCGCUCCCUCCGUUGGUAUCGUCUGGCUGCUUGACUUUAUCUCGGUUUAUUCAGACCAUCCAACUAUGCAUACGCAAUCGACGAUCGACCCAGCCGGCGGAGGCACUCCAGAUUGCAAUUGAAGGCUUAGACAACCUCAUCCUAUCCGAGGAUCCGAACCGACCCUGUCAGCCGCGAGACGCGUAUCGAUAUAGCCUAGAACAGCGCAAGAUCUGUCAGGAGCGUGGGCGGGGGAUUCUUGACCUGAUCGUCGACAUUGUUAAUCUGGGCUCUGCGGAAUCUAGGCCAAAGAGUCCGACAGAGCUGUCCGAUGUCCUGUCUAACGAUCGGCUUCUCAUGGUCCUUAGAGAUUUCGCCAUCUAUGAGUCACAAAGCUUAUCCGAAUCGCUAUGCGCCGGCGAGCAACCCUCUUCUAGCGCGAAACACACAGUCAUCAAGACGCUGCUGGAUCGCUUGUUGGACCCAGCCAGUGACCUAGGCCUGGCGAAGAAGAGUCUCGGGCAGCAAGUGACUGUAAUAGUGGAGUCCGCGAACGACCUCACUCUACCUUUCUGCCAGCUACAGCUCCAGCAGAUUUUCUUCAUGAGCAAAGACUCAUUGGAUGACAAUGCAGUCGAGGGUGUUUCCGCAGCCCUUCUCCUUGCUGUCAAGGAUGCCGUUGAGAAGGACCGGCCUUCUUGGACAGAUCUCCUCACUGGCCUGGAUACAAGUCUCACAAGCAAGAUCCGAGAGCAUGCUGAGCGGGAAUUAAUCAAUGCUUCCGCCUUCCUUUGCGGCGUGACUGUUGACGAGGCUGCGCAAGUCGCGGAUGAAGCGUUAUUCGUCCGCAAAUCCCUAACAGUCAUCGACUUCACUACUACGGACACUUUGGGAGAUGAGCAAACACCCCUUCUUGUAUCACUCAUUGAGCGUCUCAAAGGUUUAGCGGAGGCAUUCGGUAAGCGCGACCACCAGUUCGAUGGUAGUGCCGAGCUGAAGAAGAGCCCAUCGAUCUCAAGUCUUUGCUUAUGGCUCAACGCGCUACUCCAACUCACUGUCACUCAUGGUUCGCUAUUCCUACAAAAAGCCAGCAACGAACAUCAGGCUGCGCUUUUGUGGCAUCUAAGAGCGCUCGGCACUCAGCUAGCUCUCGAGGCCUACCCCUCUAUCGUACAGUACAUCUUCGAUGUGGCUGUUCUCCUCUCAGACAGCGUCUCUGAAAACGUCCGUAAACACCUAGCGCGCCUUGAUGUUACCAAGGCGGUCGAUAAUCGUUGGACUUUCAUCUACGGGGCGGUAGCUUCUCCUGACGGCUGGCUCACGCUCACAAAACCCGCCAACACUCCCUCCAACCCGCACCCAACCGCUUCCCCUCAAGCCCAACCGCAGCCAAGCAGCCAAUACCAGUUACAGUAUGCUCAACAGCCACAGGGACUUGGUUCUGUGCCUCUUCAGCGGGCAUUCGGGCAGCAACAGUACCAGCAGCAAAUGCCAUCCCCGGGCCAGACCAAUGCCCGGGCUUACCCCCACCCGCAGCAUCCCCAGCCUAAUAAGAUGUUCCCUCAACAACUUCAACGAAUGGCACCUAAUGGCCACAACGGUCCACCACAGUUGCAACAAAUGCAACAAAUGCAAGCUCUUACGCAGCAGCGCAACACACGGCCUUCACCGGUUCAGCAGCAACGGGCAGUAGCAGUUCCGCCUCCGCCUCCGCCUCCCACGAGUGGCGUGAGAAAGGGGGGGGCGAUGAAGCAAGACAACGCAGAAAGGAAAGCCGUGGCCUUCGCGCUGCGGCGGUGGGAGAUCCUACCGGACAGCGGCGGGAAUGCUGGAGGGAAUGAGACAGCGAUCAGCCUUGGCCUCUUCGGGGCUAGGAAAGUUUGAUCAUGUCACAUUACGUCCUUUCAUUUGACCUCGUUUUCUUUGCAUUUUGGCUCACAUUUGCGCAUAUUAGCGGCGGAGUUCGGAAGAAACGGGAUUUAGCAGGCUCAAGUCCUGCAUGUUCGGUUGUCAUGCUAUAGGGGGUUUGUGAAGAUGCGAGCCUAGGCGUUUCUGGUGUAUUAUAUAGGUGGUGAGGGAAACACAAGCAUAACGCGACAUGACAACGUUCAUAGACGGAUGGAGGCGCAUUCCCAACAUGGAGCGAAUAUUGGAGGUUGGUUGGCAUCAUCUUUGUAUUGGUAUUGGCAAUGGUAUCGAGUUUUUGCCCACCCAAGGGCACAAGGCGGUCUUUAGACACCGUUUGGUAUGCCCGGUCCAUGCUCGCCCCCGACGACCCAAUCCCUCACCUGUCCCUUCCAGUCUGCUAUCCUUCCAUCACGGAUGCGGACAACGA